CAGGCGGCACUCCAAGCUGCUAGCUCUGGCACUAGGCUCACAGCCAGGGAUGAUGCUCUGCUGCCGCCACUGCCACUGGUGCUGCCACCAUCAGCUGCUGCCCUGUGCCCUGAGGCUGUUGAUGUUACUGCCACUCGCCCUUGUACCUCCCCAAGCUGUAGCCUCUGGGGGUCCAAACCGCUGUGACACCAUAUACCAAGGCUUUGCCAAGUGUCUCAUCCGUUUGGGGGAUGGCAUGGGCCAUGGAGGCGAGCUGGAAACUGUUUGCAGGUCCUGGAAUGACUUCCACACCUGCGCUUCUCAGGUCCUGUCAGGUUGCCCAGAGGAGGCUGCUGCCGUGUGGGAGUCACUGCAGCAAGAAGCUCGCCGUGCCCCUCACCCAGAUAACUUGCAUGCUCUUUGUGGAGCCCCUGUGAGUGUUCAGGAGCGAGGUACUGGCCAGGAGACCAACCAGGAGACACUGGGAGCAAGAGCACCCGCACUGGCCCCAGCCCCUGUCCCUGUGCUGCUCUCUGCUGCUCUGGCGGUUGCCUGCCUCCUGGGGCCUCUGGCCUAACCAGUCUGGUCAGCAGUGUGGUGCUUCCCAUCCCUGCACACACGCAGGGGGUGGUCAUGGGGGUUCUGCAAAGUGAGCACAGUUUUCA